CGACCGCCCAGCCGGCAUUCUACAGCUGGCUUUCUCAGACCAGAGACCUUCUUACCGCUCGGAAAAUCGCGCACCGAGGACGCCGCGAGACGCCCGCGACUUCCGCUGCCCGCCAUCUCGCCGUCGUGCGCUCGUCGGCCGUAACUGGUCCCCGAGCCCGCAGGCGCGACCUUGGAACAGCAGGUUUCUGCCAGCCGGCCAUUGGAGCGUAUAUCGCCCGAGUAUUCGCGACAAGACGUAUCCUUUUGCUGUCCUGCUAUGUGAAGGGACGGUGACGUGGACCGCCGCUCAAAUCGCCGCUUGCGCCGCCAUUCGCUAGCCUGUUCACCACAGCUGCCCGUAGCCCAGGCCCCAGGCAUCCGCUGUGCCCCAGGUUAAGAAGGGCCCCACCACGACUGAAUAGUCGCGACCACUCGGCCUCGAAGAAAUGGCUGGCAUGGAGCAACUCGAGGUCCACAGCAAGUCAUACCUUGUUCGCUGGGUAAACGUCUCUGCUGGACACACCAUUUCGUGGAGCAUACAGCCGCAUAAGAAGUCGAUUAACUUCGGUGUCUUUAAGCACCCUGGAGCGCCCAACGGCGUGGCACCGAACCUGACCUCUACCGCGACCUUCGAACCUCCUCCUACGCCCGCCCUCGAAGUCCCCGGUGCACGCGGCCGCGGCGGCUCAACCUCGCGAAAUGACAAAACAUUUGUAGCCGAGAAGCUAUCGGCAAUUGGGCUGAAGCAGGUGCACUGGGUCGGAAAAUGCGAGGCUGACAAGGUGUCCAUGGGGACAUGGGAUGUACCCGAGGGCGAAGGCGGCAUGUAUGGGCUGGUGUUCGACAACACCUUUUCGAAGACGGUGUCGAAAACAGCGACAUUCGUGCUGAUGACGUACCCCACGAACGCGCCGCCCAAGUCUGGUCACCACAUGCACUACGCCCAGAAUUUAGCAGGAGCGAGCUCGAUCAGUCUCGGAGCGAAGUCAAGCCCAGGUCUAGGGCCGGUUGCGGACUCCUCGGAAUCGUUACCGCAGUCUACACUCACCGAUCGCCCUAAAUCCUCACACCCCUCCACCAACGCUGCCUCUGUGAGCUCCAGCUUCCUCACAGGCGUACUGCAGAAGAAAAGAAGGAAGAGGAACCAGGGAUAUGCGAGGCGUUUCUUCUCGUUAGACUUCACAUCAUCUACGCUAUCUUACUACCGAAAUGAUCAUUCUUCAGCCUUGCGCGGCGCAAUUCCUCUCUCGCUGGCCGCUGUUGGAGCAAACGAAGAGUCGAGGGAGAUUUCAGUCGACUCAGGCGCCGAAGUGUGGCAUCUCCGCGCAAAUAACGCUAAGGAUUUCAAUAUGUGGAGAGACGCCCUAGACCGAGCGUCUCGGACUGCGGGGGCCUUAGCUUCACCAACGCUGCAGAUUCCGGAUAAACAAUGUCGAGCACCGCAUGCCGUAAACGAGACGGAAGAGAACGAAUGGGCAAGAGUGGAAGCUCUGGUGGGCAGAAUUGCAGGCACAAGAGAUGCCGUAAGGAGACUCGCACAGGACACAGACCCUAAGUACCAGUCCAUGCCAGGCCUGGGAAUAAGCAAAGUGCAAGAUAGCUUGUCACCAAGCCCCUCCGAGGGGGAUUUGGUUGACUACUUUCAUGAUGACAAGGGCGACGGCAGAAAGGCCUUUUGGAAACGAAAAGCCAGCAGCUCUGGCGGUCAUAGUCCGUCGAGUUUGUUUCGGAGAAGCGUUUCUGCUCAGACCGCUAUCGCAUCUCCGGGCGCUAUUCCUCCAGUCCCACCCCUACCGAACGGAAAUCUAUCUGUACCAAAACGACAUGGCCACCUGAGUACACACCAGCCACAAGAAGAUGGUGUCCAUGAUCACUGCAUGGCCCUACUUCGCGACCUAGAUGUGGUCGUCAAAGAGUUCAGCGAGCUUCUGGCUGAGAGUCGGCAAAGACGCAUGCCGGCGCCUCUUUCGACUGUCUCCUCAAGACGCAGUUUCGACUCGCAGGAGUCUGCGGACGAGUUCUUCGACGCCACCGAUGGGGACACCGUCAAGUCCCAGCUCCUGACCAUUCGGCGCGACAGCGAAGAGGAACAGGAGCGUGAUGAUGUAUCAGAUGGCGAGUCUGAAUCUUCAUCGGAAAACGAAGGCGCUGGAUUCUUUGAGAAGCGCAUGUCUCGCGAAGUCCCUUCGUUAUUCCCCACAAAACCGAAAUCUCUAUCACCCUUACCACUAAAACCUGUUCAGCGUCGGGCUAAUGUCCCUGCCGCAAAGUCGCAACCACCCAGCUUGAUAGCCUUCCUACGCAAGAACGUCGGAAAGGACCUCUCAACCAUCGCUAUGCCCGUAACCUCCAACGAACCCACCUCCGCCCUCCAACGUCUGGCAGAACAGCUGGAAUACAGCGAGCUUCUGGACGCAGCUGUAAACGCCUCUGCAGAAUCAGGAGAACGCCUCGUCUACAUGGCCGCCUUCGCCAUCUCCUCCUUCAGCAACGCCCGCGUCAAAGAACGCGCGACCCGCAAACCCUUCAACCCUAUGCUCGGUGAAACCUUCGAGCUCGUCCGCGAAGACAAAGGCUACCGUUUCAUCGCCGAGAAAGUAGUCCACCGCCCCGUGCGCAUGGCCUGCCAAGCAGAAUCCCAGCACUGGACCUUCAUCCAAUCGCCCAACCUUUUGCAAAAGUUCUGGGGCAAGAGUGCAGAACUGAACACGGACGGUCGCGUGCGCAUUUUCCUCCAUGCGUCGGGCGAGCACUACAGUUGGACCAUCGCAACUUCCUUCCUGCGCAACGUUAUCGCGGGCGAGAAAUACGUCGAGCCCGUGGGCACCAUGACCAUCAUCAGCGAGACCACGGGCGCGAAAGCAGUCUGCACGUUCAAGGCAGGCGGUAUGUUCGCCGGCCGCAGUGAAGAUGUCUCCGUCCAGGUCUUCGACAACACGGGCUCUAUCCUGCCCAUGGGCGCGCAGGGGAAAUGGACGCAAGAUCUGCAGUUUACCUCAAACGGCCAACCUACCGGCAAAACCGUCUGGCGCAUCGGCAACCUCGUCGACAAACCAACGCAGCAUUACGGAUUCACUACUUUUGCCGCCUCCCUGAAUCAGAUCACCCCCAUCGAAGCCGAGCACCUCCCUCCCACAGACAGCCGUCUACGCCCCGAUCAGCGCGCCGCCGAAGAUGGAGACAUGGACCGCGCGGAGGCACUGAAGGCAAGGUUAGAAGAGAGGCAGCGCGCCAGAAGGCGCAUUAUGGAGGAGCACGGCGAGGAGUGGCGACCGCGGUGGUUCACGAAGGUGGGCGCUGCCGAGGCGAGUGCGCUGGGGGACGAGGAGGUGUGGAGACUAAACGGGGGGAAAGACGGGUAUUGGGAGUCGAGAGAGCGCGGCGAGUGGGACGGUGUUACCGAAGUUCUUCAGGUGUAGUUCUUUGUACUCUUAUUUUUUUUGGUUUUGAAAAUGGUGGGGUUGGGUUGAAUGGCACAAUCGCAUAGAUUAGGAAAAAGGGUAGGGGUUGGACUGGUGGUACUUGUCGUUUCCAUUUGUUGCAGGAUAUCCAAUGACAAUCCAGAUCGGUUUCUUCUGUUGCAC